CGGCUUACAGCUUCCUCAUGCAGCAACACCUAUUGUUAUAGAGAGCAAGGUGAGCAGACUCUCUCAACAGGUGCUCCACAGGUGUGGUGUCACGAUGCACAGGAGCAAGAGCACAGGCGGAAGUGCGGUGUUCUACAGACCAGUUGGAACUACAACGGAAGUGAGAUCUGGAUACCUGUUCAAGUCUCCUCCCCAAAAACGGUUGAAGGCAGAGAAAUCAUGGAAGAAGAGGUAUUUUGUGCUGUUCAAAAUCAGUGAGCAGGAACACCUCUUGAAGUACUUCAGGAGUCCAGCAGAAAAGGACAGGCCUCUUGGAGGCAUAGACUUAUCGCACAUCUCACUGUUGUACGUGAGCCCUCAAAACCAUCCAAGAUGGGCGUGGGUGCAAAAGAGCUUCAAGUGCUCACCAUCCUGUGUGCUGUACAUCAGGGCGGCCAACCGGGACUACUUCCUCGUCGGGGAAACCAGCGAGGAAGUGGACGGCUGGUUCUCUGACCUGUUUGAAGCCCUGAAAAACCGGCCGCAUAAAUGUAUGAAUUCAGAGGACAUGACAAAUGGACAGCAGACAAUUGAGGUUAUUUCAAACCCACUAUUGCGGAGAAAGCAGAGCUCUGACGCUGUGUCUGAAAAGGCAGCGUUGAAAAUUCGGUCCAUGUCCGACCCAUCCUCAAAUGCCAUGGAUAACGACACUGAAAACUCAAAGGAUGACGAUUAUGCCAAAAGACGUGCAUCAGCGCCAGUGAAUCCAAUCUACGACUAUCCGAGACCUUACAUGCAAUCACAAGGGGCAAAUGGUUCGACCCGUCGCAAAAGCUUGGACUCAGUAUAUGAAUCAAUGCUGGAAGUCAGACUUAAAGCACAAGUGGCUCAGGCAGCGGACCGUGAAGUGGAGGAGGUUACCAAGGGCAGCCUGAUGAGAACUGUCACUCAGGCCUUUGACAAGCUGAAGACACAGAUUUCCCCACUGCCCCCAUUCGACGAGGAGACAGCAGCGGAGGACAGAGAAGAAACGCGUCUGACGUCAGACUUCAGCAGCAGCUCCAGUGACAACGAUGCCACCUCUCCUGUGGAGAUGCUGGAGUCACAAAAUGUGCCCACACUGGAGAAACUAAGCUCAACAGAAAGCCUUAACAUCAACAGCCCGGAGGAGAGAGAUUUUGAGGUCAAGCAGGCGGAUUUGAAAAAACACCUGACACUGACAGAAGUGGAUGGGAAACCAAGUGUGUCUGGGUGGACGGGCCAGCCCCAGUCAGUGUGCCUGUUUCACAAAGGAGACCAAAUCCUGGCGAUUAACGACCUGCACACCAGCAGCGUGGAGGAGUUCAACAUGUAUCUCAGCAAGUGUCUCAAGAACGAGGUGAAAGUGACCAUCCUGCGGCUGCCUGGAUGCCCUCCGCUGCACUCACCAAACUGUGUGUGCACUGACUGACUGCACACUGACCGUCAGAGAUGAGACGUCCACCAUAUGCUGGUUUUUACCAUGUAUAGACCACUUUAGACAACUGACAGUAUUUCCCCAGGGCUGUGGGCAGUUCCUACUGAUCUGUCACUCUGCAAGUUUACUCCAUUUAAAUGACUAGAGGAGCUUAAAGUGAAGGUAGAGGAAACAAUUAUUCAAUGACUUAGGUCACAAUGUAUGUGAUUAUUAACAUGUAAAAACACCAAAUGCAUUUUUGUUUCCAAGCAAUCUUUGUAUAAACAAUGAUUUGCAGUUUUAACAGAGCGUGAUAUAUGACGUGAUUACGUCACUGUGUAUUGUAUCUACUGUAGAUAAGAUGUUUGGUCUCUGAAGCUGUCUCUAAAAGGAAACAAAAGGCAGAGGUUCUACUGAAAUGUAUUUCCUCAUACCGCCUGUAUGAUGCUAAAAAGAAAGGACUCUAACCACCUGCAUGAGAUGGUGCAAUACGCACAUGGUUACUGUAAAUAGACUUAUGUAGGAAUGCUAUUUUUAAAACUUCAAGAUGACAGGAAGCGAUAGCAUUUAUCAAGGUGAUUUGAAGAAUGAUGAUGAUGACGCUAUUUUCCUGUGACUAAUGUGAUCGACAGUUUUUGAAUCACACUGUCAGUGUAGGUCCACUAAAAGUGCUUGUUUUUGCCACUGACAGGCUCAGAUUAUCACUGUAAGGCUGCGUUCUGAAUCACAUACUUUUUACUCCCAGUACGUCCUGAAGUUGCCUUUAAAAAGUACUGUUGCAUGCAGUAUCCACAAUCAGGACACACUACUUUCUCACAACAUAACGCCCUUAACUUUGUCCCUUUCUCAUAUAUCCGUUACCUUGGAGAUAAAACAAAAUGCCGUUCACUGAGUACCGAGACCUCUCCUGUUGUUACUUUGCAGUGCAUGUAGUUUUAAUUUUCAAGUACUAACUAAAUUGUAGAUUCUAGCAUAUUCACUGACUAUAGAUUUUUCUGUCAGUCUUGUUUUCAUAGUCCUUUUGUCGUUGGUAAUCUUUAUGAUUAUAAUGUUCACUUAAACAAUCAAUAUUCCUCUUAUUACUGUUUGACUGGUCACCAGUCUAUCGAAUGCGUUGUCAUCCGUCCUUGCAGCUGUCAACAAGCUGUCAGUCUCUGUUUGCAGCUCUGUCAAUGUGACGUUUGUUCUGUUAUGCAGAGGAUUGUGGGUGAGAAUAGCCAAGAAAGCACUGCAUACUGCAUUUAGUGUAGUGGUUAGAGCACUCGUCUUCAUGCGGAAGGUCCAGGAUUUGAAUCCUGCCAUGGUCGACGUCAGCAAAGGCAUGCAGUCGCAAGAGGUUACCACUGCCGAAUCAAACGGGAUCAGAUUCCUUAAGGAGGCUUCAGGAUAAGAAGUAACUCCGAAAUCUGAGCCUAGUCCUCAACGAGGGCGCGUCUCAAGCCCGUUGUGGACGGGAGGUUCCAGACGUGAAAGCAGAUACAUUCAUUUGACAUACUUAAUCUAAUCCUGGAGAUUAACCUUUUCCUUAAAGAGUAAGAUCCUCUUUGUUUAGCCUGAAACAGCCCCGAAAUCGCAUUCACCAAACCCACCAGACUCCAUUGAAAAAAACAGUAUUUUUAUCAGCGUAAAACACACAUCAUUAAAAGUCUACAAGACACGAAAUAAGACUCACUAAAGCAGUCUUGGUUUCUUUUUCCACUCUUCCAACAAUCACCAACUCUAGUCUGGUUGAAAUAAACUCUUAAUUCAUCCAGUUAGAUUUAAAAAAAUAUGCUGUCUCUAUACACACUAAAAUUACUGUUUAUUUAAAUGGAGUCUGGUGAGU